AUGAUUAGUUGUUAUAUUAACAAUGGUGAUCUUACUUCUGCUAGAUCAGUGUUUAAUUCUAUGGAGGGGCGAGAUAUUGCAUCUUGGUCGGCGAUGAUUGGUGGGUAUAUGAAUAAAGGUUAUCGGAUUAAUGGGUUUUUGUUAUUUCGUGAAAUGAUGAAGGUUGACGAGGGUUUGAAGCCUGAUGAGCUUAUGCUUGUGACUCUUUUAUCGGGUUGCGCGGGUACCGGGUCCUUGAGCCUCGCAGGGAAAUCAAUACAUGCGUAUGCAAUAAGAAGUUGUAUAGAAGUCAAUAUGCAACUUGGAACUAAAUUGAUCGAUAUGUAUUCAAGGUGUGGGUGUUUGAGGAGCGCAGCUCAUGUGUUUGAUAGAAUGCCGACUAGAAAUGUUGUACAUUGGACUGCAAUGAUUUGUGGGUUAGCAAAUCAUGGGCAUGGAGAAGAAGCUGUGAUGUUUUUUGAUGCGAUGAAAGAAGCGAGAAUUAAGCCAAAUGAUAUCACAUUUACCGGUGUAUUGAAUGCUUGCUGCCACGCUGGCUUGGUUGUUAAAGGCCAGGAGUAUUUUCUCAGCAUGGUUGAAGAGCAUAGACUUGAGCCAAGCAUUCAUCAUUAUGGAUGUAUCGUGGACUUAUUUGCAAAAAAUGGAAGGUUGGAAGAUGCAUAUGCUAUUGUUGAGAAGAUGAAGGUUGAACCUAAUAUUAUUGUGUUAACUGCGCUGUUAGCGGGUUGUAAGAUGUAUGAAAAUUUUGAGAUAGCUGAGAAGGUGAUUGAUCGGGUUUUGAGAAUGGCGAUCCCUGAUGAUAAUGGUGGGGUUUAUAGUCUUAUAUCGGAUUUGUAUGCGAUGGGAGGUAAGUGGAAUGAUGUGGAGAAAAUAAGGAGGUUGAUUGAUGCAAGAAAUGUGAAGAAAAAUAGAGGGGCUAGUUUUGUUGAAAUGGAAGAACUUAGAGCUAGUGUUGGAUGA